AUGCUUGUCAACAUAACCCGGAAGCUGUUUAGACCAAGAUCCAUUGCAUCUCGAACCAUUGCUACAACCAUGAUAGUGAAUGCGACAAAAGCCGAGGACGUUGUUGGCAAGGUGGAAGACCUGAAGUUCCAAUACUUUCCUAGUCGACGAAGCGUCGUAUAUAGCACAAACGGCAUCGUGACAUGUACGGAACCAUUAGCCGCCGAGGCCGGGGUCCGCGUCCUCAAGCAAGGAGGAAAUGCUGCUGACGCUGCAGUAGCGGUGGCAGCGGCAAUGAACGUGACAGAACCUAGCAUGACGGGUAUCGGAGGAGAUUGUUUCUGCUUGUUCUACAACGCAAAGACCAAGAAGGUACACGCACUGAAUGGGUCAGGCAGAGCUCCGGCGCAUACAUCUCUUGAAGGCCUGAGGAAGGAUUUGAGCGCCUUUGGGCCAGUUCGCAGUAUUCCUACGGAAAGUGUGCACGCAGUCACAGUGCCAGGAGCCGCAGGAGGCUGGGUCGAUGCGGUGGAGAAGUUUGGCAGUGGCAAGUUAUCGAUGGAACAGAUCCUCAAACCUGCCAUCGAGUAUGCUGAAGAUGGGGUUCCAGUAUCUGAACUCAGUGCCUAUAAUUGGAGGCAGGGCGAAGCGCUUCUCAAGAAGGCGUCUCCUAAUGGAGCGGAAAUGCUCAAGAAGGAUGCAAACGCGAAAGAUGGCUGCAGGGCGCCAGGUCCGGGCGAAAUAAUGAAGAACCCCACAAUGGCGAACACGUUUCGACUUGUAGCCAAGCAUGGCAAAAAAGGGUUCUACGAAGGACCGGUUGCAGAAGCAAUAGUCCAGGUCAUAUCGGAUCUUGGAGGACACAUGACCCUGGAGGAUCUGAAGAGCCACGCCCAAAGGGGCAGCGAAGAGCCAGAGCCCAUAAAGCUGAACUACAGAGGCCAAGGUGUGAAUGCUGAGCGGGGAGGAGUGAAUGUAUGGGAACAUCCGCCCAACGGCCAGGGCAUCGUGGCAUUGAUUGCACUCGGCAUUUUGGAGCAGCUUGAAAAGACAGGAAAGAUAAGAAAAUGGACGAAAGAGGAUCAUAACUCCGUUGAGCACCUGCACGCAUGUAUCGAAGCAUUGCGCAUUGCAUUCGCGGAUGGACGAUGGUGGAUAGCAGACCCAGCUCUCCAGAACGUUCCGGUGCGAGGAUUGCUCGAUCCAGAAUAUCUAAAGAAACGAGCGGAACUAUUCAACCCUGACAAGGUCUCGGACACUGUCAGCCAUGGUUCGCCAGCGCACAAUCACAGUGACACGGUCUACUUCGCUGUGACGGACAAAGACGGCAACGGUUGCUCCUUCAUCAACUCCAACUACGGGGGCUUCGGCACGGCCAUCGUGCCAAAGGGCUGCGGCUUUACAUUGCAAAACCGGGGCGCAAACUUCGUGCUUGAGGAGGGCCAUCCAAAUUGCUACGCGCCAGGGAAGCGACCGUAUCACACCAUCAUUCCGGCCAUGAUUACAAACCCGGACGACGACUCACUGCAUGCCGUGUAUGGUGUUAUGGGUGGAUUCAUGCAACCCCAAGGCCACGUACAAGUUCUCUUGAAUUCGCUCGUCUUCGGCCUAAACCCGCAGGCGGCUUUGGACGCUCCGCGAUUCUGCAUCGGCGGCAGCUACGAAUUGGACGAUUUGGUGUUGCUGGAGGAAGGAAUCGCACCGGAAGUGGUGGAGGGCCUGAAAAAGCUCGGCCACCAUGUACAGGUGAGGACCGGCUUGGAGCGAAGCGUGUUUGGGCGUGGUCAGAUCAUACGCACGCACUGGGACGAGGGCCAGCUUGUCUAUACUGCCGGCAGCGAUCCGAGAGGAGACGGAGCAGCCAUGCCGGCAUAA